AUGCAGCCACUCAGUCACAUACACAGGAACAAAUUUCCCACCCAUUUCUUUGGCUUAGCUCUUGUGCUACUGGUCUCCUUGGCUUCUCCCACCAGCUCAUGCACGGAGCAGCAGAAAAGCUCCCUUCUCCAGCUCCUUGCUGGGCUCUCGCGGGAGGGCGGCCUCACAGCAUCAUGGCGGAGCGACAUGGACUGCUGCAGCUGGGAAGGGAUCACCUGCAGCCCCAAUAGGACGGUCACCGAUGUUUCGCUGGCUUCUCGAGGUCUUGAGGGGCCCAUAUCUCCGUUCCUAGGCAAUCUCACAGGCUUGCUGCGACUCAACCUGUCCGGCAACUUGUUGUCUGGUGGCUUACCGCUGGAAUUGGUUUCAUCCAGCAGCAUCAUUGUCCUUGACGUCAGUUUCAACCGCCUGACAGGAGGCCUGCAUGAGCUACCAUCUUCAACCCCUGUGCGACCUCUGCAGGUACUUAACAUCUCAAGCAACUUGUUUACAGGAAGGUUCCCAACCAUGACAUGGGAGGUGAUGAAGAGUCUGGUCGUGCUCAAUGCCAGCACCAACAGUUUUACUGGGCAGAUACCAACUACACCUUGUGUUAGCGCGCCAUCUUUUGCUGUGCUUGAACUCAGUUUUAACCAAUUCAGUGGAAACAUCCCCCAGGGGCUCAUUAACUGCACCGUGAUGAAAUUGUUCAGCGCUGGCUACAAAAAUCUUAGUGGGACUCUUCCAAAGGAGCUUUUCAAUGUUACCUCAUUAGAGCACCUCUCUUUACCUAACAAUCAUUUGGAAGGACCACUCAAUGGCAUAAUGAAGCUCACAAAUCUGGUCAUCCUUGAUCUUGGAGGAAAUGAGAUCAGUGGAAAAAUUCCAGAUUCAAUAGGUGAGCUCACGAGACUGGAGGAGCUGCAUUUGGACCACAACAACAUGUCAGGGGAGCUGCCAUCAGGUCUGAGCAACUGCAUAGAUCUCACAACAAUUGACCUCAAGCGCAACUACUUCAGUGGAAAACUUAGCAAUGUCAACUUCUCAAACCUGUCCAAUCUGAAAAAGAUAGAUCUUCUGUACAAUCACUUCACCGGAGACAUUCCAGAAAGCAUAUACUCCUGCAGCAAGCUGACUGCACUACGUCUAUCCUACAAUCAUUUCCAUGGUCAACUAUCAGAAAAAAUUGGCAAUCUGAAGUCCCUCUCAUUCCUGUCACUUGUUAAUAACUCUCUUACAAAUAUCACAAGAACACUUCAGAUCCUUAGUGAUUCCAGGAGCCUCACCACCCUUUUUAUUGGUUUCAACUUCUUGCAUGAGACCAUGCCAGAAGGUGACAGCAUUGAUGGUUUUGUGAAUCUUCAGGUCCUUUCUAUAAAUGAUUGUUCACUAUCUGGAAAAAGAUCAGAUUGGUUAUCAAAGACACCAAAUUUGGGGAUGUUAUUAUUACACAACAAUGAACUCACUGGACCAAUACCUGACUGGAUCAGCAGCCUAAACUUCCUCUUCUAUCUAGACAUCUCAAACAACAGCCUUACAGGGGAAAUACCGAGUGCCUUAAUGGAAAUGCCAAUGUUAGAAUCAGAGGCAACAGCACCAAUGGUCUUUGAGCUGCCUGUUUAUAAUAAGAGUCCGUUUAUCCAGUACCUCAUGCCUGGUGCGUUUCCUAAAGUACUGAACCUAGGUACCAAUAACUUAACUGGACUGAUACCUGAAAAGAUUGACCAGUUGAAAGCGCUCAUUUCCCUCAACUUGAGCUCCAAUAAAUUAUCCGGAGAGAUCCCAAGACUUAUCAGCACCCUCACGAACCUCCAGGUGCUCGACUUGUCCAGCAAUCAUCUCACUGGUACAAUUCCAUCCGCACUGAAUAAUCUGCACUUCCUUUCUAGAUUCAACAUUUGUAAUAAUGACCUAGAAGGGGCUAUUCCAACUGUGGGCCAGCUUAGCACAUUUCCAAGUUCUAGCUUUGAUGGAAACCCGAAACUGUGUGGUCCUGUGGUUGGAAACCAUUGCGGUUUACCAGAAGCAAGUCCAGUCUCCAUUGCCUCAGCAAAACAAUUUGGCAAUCUUGUCAUCUUUUUUAUUGCCUUUGGUGUUUUCUUCGGAAUAGGAGUGCUAUAUGAUCAGAUAGUAUUAGCCAGAUAUUUUUGCUAA